AUGGCCAGCGCGGGGCAGGCCAUGCCACUCGAGGCGGCUCGAAAUCGAAGUACGGCCAUGAUCCACAAGCUGCAUGUCUUGGAGGACAAGUACGUGAAUGAAUGGUCGCAGAGGAUCGAUCUCGAGGUCAAAUCCAAAGGCGACAUGGGCCAGCACGUCGUGCAGGCUGCCAGUUCCCGGCAUUCAUCAGGCCACAGUGAAGAAUCCAACUUGUCACAGGCACAGCACCAGUGGGAGAAGAGCCGCGCAGGGGCAACAGAGGCAGAGGACUCCGAGGUGCCCCGCCGAGCUGCAGUGGCGGUUCUUGGCAGCGCCUUGACCAUCGCAGGGGUUGAUGCCUCCCUCCGAGCUUCGGACGAGAGAUACGCUGCACUCGGCACCAUUUUAGCACCUGCGCCAUACAAGGAAACGCUGCGGACCGAACUCGUUCCGGGAAAAAUCUGGGGCUUCGAACAGUGCAUAGCGCUUGCAUCUGUCUCGACCAACAUACGAAUGACGGCCGUCAAGUUGCGGAGUGGCGCCCUGUGGGUUUCCGCACCGAUCGCGCCAACACGGCAGUGCUUGCGGCUUCUGGACGAGCUUGGCGAGGUGGCGCAUCUGGUGGUGCCAUCCACAGCUUUGGAGCACAAAGCUUCCCUCGCGGAAUUCUCGCGCACUUACCCGAAAGCCACAAUCUGGGCCACGCCUGGGCAAGCUCCCCCCAUCACUGUACCAAGCAACAGCCGCAUUCUGGGUCAGGGCCCCGCCCCAGUUUGGGCCGACGAGCUCGACUGCAAAGUCUUCUUCGUGGAGCCACCUGUGACGGACACCUUCGCUGAGGCGGUCUUCUUCCACAAGGAAACCCGCAGCCUGUUGGUCACAGAUUGCGCCCUCAAGCUCCCAGCAAUGCCACCAAAAAUCCUGGAAAGCUACGGGUACGAUGGGACUCCCGGGCCCAUCACGCUAGAUCAGUGGAGGUACAAGGCGAUCGCCUUCGAUUUCGUAACAGGGCGGAACCAGGACGAGAAGGAUUUUGCAGCACUUUCACGACCAGCAGCUUUGGUUAACCCACUGCUGCGGUUCAUCGUGUACCGGCGUUGUCCGGAGCAAGCAGCCGCCUGGGUCAAAGAUGUCGCAAGGUGGCCGUUUGUCCGCAUCAUCCCAGCACAUUUGCAGGCACCCUUUGACUGCACACCAGCUCAAUUCUUGGAGGCGUUCGGCUUCCUCUUCGGUAAGAAGACCUCCUGGGAGCCAGAGGACGAACAGUUGGCCUUCCUGCGCGGAGUUCGUGACAUAGUCGGAGGUCCAACCUUCUGA